GGACAGCUGCGUAGACUGUGCGCGACCCAGCAGGAAGGCAGGGAGUGCGGAGAGAAGGCCACCCACCAUGGCGUUGGGCUUGGAGCAGGCGGAGGAGCAGCGGCUGUACCAGCAGACGCUCCUGCAGGACGGGCUCAAGGACAUGCUGGACCACGGCAAGUUCCUCGACUGCGUGGUGCGGGUGGGUGAGCGCGAGUUCCCAUGCCACCGCCUGGUGCUGGCUGCCUGCAGCUCCUACUUCCGGGCGCGCUUCCUGGCCGAGCCCGAGCGCGCGGGCGAGCUGCGCCUGGAGGAGGUGUCCCCUGACGUGGUGGCCCAGGUGCUACACUACCUGUACACGUCAGAGAUCGCGCUGGACGAGGCAAGCGUGCAGGACCUGUUCGCCGCGGCGCACCGCUUCCAGAUCCCAUCCAUCUUCACCAUCUGCGUGUCCUUCCUGCAGAAGCGCCUGUGCCUCGCCAACUGCCUGGCGGUCUUCCGCCUAGGCCUCCUGCUCGACUGCGCGCGCCUUGCCGUGGCCGCCCGCGACUUCAUCUGCGCGCGCUUCUCGCUGGUGUCCCGCGACGCCGACUUCCUCGGGCUCUCGGCUGACGAGCUCAUCGCCAUCAUCUCCAGCGACGGCCUCAACGUGGAGAAGGAGGAGGCCGUGUUCGAGGCGGUGAUGAGAUGGGCGAGCAGCGGCGACGCCGAGGGGCAGGCCGAGCGCCAGCGCUCGCUGCCCACCGUCUUUGAGAGCGUGCGCUGCCGCCUGCUGCCACGCGCCUUCCUAGAGAGCCGCGUGGAGCGCCACCCUCUCGUGCGUGCCCAGCCCGAGCUGCUGCGCAAGGUGCAGAUGGUGAAGGAUGCACACGAGGGCCGCAUCACCAUGCUGCGCAAGAAGAAGAAGGGGAAGGAGGCAGCGGGGGCCAAGGCCACUGACAAGGGCACAGCCGAAGCCAAGGCAGAGGAGGAUGAAGAGGAGGCCGAGCGCAUCCUACCCGGGAUCCUCAAUGACACCCUGCGCUUUGGCAUGUUCCUACAGGACCUCAUCUUCAUGAUCAGUGAGGAGGGCGCUAUGGCCUAUGACCCGGCAGCCAACGAGUGCUACUGUGCCUCCCUCUCCACCCAGAUCCCCAAGAACCACGUCAGUCUAGUGACCAAGGAGAACCAGGUCUUCGUGGCUGGGGGCCUUUUCUACAAUGAGGACAACAAAGAGGACCCCAUGAGUGCUUACUUCUUGCAGUUUGACCACCUGGACUCAGAGUGGCUGGGGAUGCCGCCGCUGCCCUCGCCGCGCUGCCUCUUCGGCCUGGGAGAGGCUCUUAACUCCAUCUACGUGGUCGGCGGCCGAGAACUCAAGGACGACGAGCGCAGCCUGGACUCGGUCAUGUGCUACGACAGGCUGUCGUUCAAAUGGGGCGAAUCGGACCCGCUGCCUUAUGCCGUGUACGGCCACUCUGUGCUCUCCCAUAUGGACCUUGUCUACGUCAUUGGCGGCAAAGGUAGCGACAGGAAAUGCCUGAACAAGAUGUGCGUCUAUGACCCUAAGAAGUUCGAGUGGAGGGAGCUGGCCCCCAUGAAGACUGCCCGCUCACUCUUCGGGGCCACCAUCCAUGACGGCCGCAUUUUUGUGGCUGCUGGGGUCACAGACACAGGGCUGACCGGUUCAGCUGAGGUGUACAACAUCGUGGACAGCAAACGGAUUCUUAACCACUGCGCCACCAGGGAAGUCCCAAGGACGUCACUUAUGGAAGAACUGUUGGAGUUAGGUGGGCGCCCUUUGAGGCCUUCCCACAAGAGCGCAGCUCACUCAGCCUGGUCAGCCUGGCGGGCACCCUCUAUGCCAUCGGCGGCUUUGCCACACUGGAGACUGAGUCCGGGGAGCUGGUUCCCACAGAGCUCAACGACAUCUGGAGGUACAAUGAGGAUGAGAAGAAGUGGGAGGGGGUCCUGCGGGAGGUCACCUAUGCCGCUGGUGCCACCUUCCUACCUGUACGGCUCAACGUGCUGCGCCUGACCAAGCUGUGACCCGCCCAGAGGACCUGACUGCGCGCCCCCCAUGCUGCAGCCCACACAGGCCCGGCCUUCUGGGAUGGGGGCUCCCAGGAGGAGUCUGGGAGAGGCAAAGCCCACCUGUAUCCCAUCCCGUCAUAGUGCCCGAGAGGCCACUUCAGCCAGGAAAGGGAAAUCGCUGCCUGGAGCUAGCCUUUCGGGCAGAGACGAGAAACUUUUGGCCUCUCCUUUGUCUCCAUAUCCCCCGUGUUCUUGGUCCAUGAGGCAGAACCUCGGGGGGUGUCAGGCUGCAUCCUGGCCCAGCCCCAGCCUGGCUGUGUGUGCCCAUAAACUCCCCACAGAAUUCAGUCUUCUCGCCUGUCAGAUGGGGAGGGUCCCCAUCGAGUGCACCUUGCAGCCUGGGUAAGUCUCCUGUAAGAAGAAUAAAGUGCCUUCCGAGCAAGCA